AAAACCCAGUAGUACACAUUCCACACUCCACUCCCCCCCCUCUCUCUCUCUCUGUCUCUCGCUAACACUAAACAGACUCUCGUCUCAAGAAAAUGGAGGCUAUGGCUAGGAUUUUGAUGAAGAUGAUGGGGAUAAUGCUGUGGUUAAUGGUGCUGAUAGCAAUGGCAGUAGGAGAGGAUGUGAAAUACAAAGAUCCGAAGCAACCAGUAGCAGUUCGGAUUAAGGACUUGAUGAGUAGAAUGACGCUUGAAGAAAAAAUUGGUCAAAUGGUUCAAAUUGAUAGGUUGACAGCCUCUCCGGAUAUUAUGCAGACUUACUGCAUUGGUAGUGUUUUGAGUGGAGGUGGGAGCGCACCACUUCCCAAUGCCAGUGCUGAGGAUUGGGUUAAUAUGAUAAAUGGGUUUCAGCAUGGGUCGUUGUCUAGCCGAUUGGGGAUUCCAAUGAUUUAUGGCAUUGAUGCUGUUCAUGGGCAUAAUAAUGUCUUUAAUGCCACAAUCUUUCCUCACAAUAUUGGGCUUGGAGCUACCAGGGAUCCUGACCUGGUGAAGAGGAUUGGAAGUGCAACCGCUCUUGAAGUUAGAGCGACAGGAAUUCCUUAUGUCUUUGCUCCAUGUAUCGCAGUUUGCAAAGAUCCAAGGUGGGGUCGGUGUUAUGAAAGCUACAGCGAGGAUCACAAAGUUGUGCAGGCUAUGACUGAGAUCAUACCUGGUUUACAAGGCGACAUUCCUGUUAAUUCUCGGAAAGGAGUUCCAUAUGUUGGUGGGAAGAAAAAGGUUGCAGCUUGUGCAAAGCACUUCGUGGGUGAUGGUGGAACAACCAAGGGCAUCAAUGAGAACAAUACAGUUAUUGACAAGCAUGGGCUACUGAGCAUCCACAUGCCUGCCUAUUCAGAUUCAAUCAUCAAAGGUGUUUCAACUAUUAUGGUUUCCUAUUCCAGUUGGAAUGGGGAAAAGAUGCACGCAAAUCGUGAGCUAAUAACUGGCUUCCUCAAGAACACCCUCAAGUUUAAGGGUUUUGUUAUCUCAGAUUGGCAGGGUAUUGACAGGAUCACUUCACCACCACGUGCAAAUUACUCAUACUCUGUCCAAGCUGCGAUCCAAGCUGGCAUCGACAUGGUCAUGCUGCCUUUCAACCACACAGAGUUCAUUGAUGAUCUUACUUAUCUGGUCAAGACCAAUGUCAUCCCAGUGGAUCGCAUUGAUGAUGCUGUGGGGAGGAUUUUGCUAGUGAAGUUCACCUUGGGUCUCUUUGAGAACCCUUUAGCUGAUCUCAGUCUUGUUAAUGAGCUUGGAAGCCAGGCACAUAGAGACUUGGCUAGGGAAGCUGUAAGGAAAUCACUUGUGCUGCUGAAGAAUGGAAAAAAUGAAACUGAUCCUUUACUUCCACUUCCCAGGAAGGUUUCUAAGAUUCUAGUAGCUGGUACGCAUGCUGAUAAUUUGGGCUAUCAAUGUGGUGGGUGGACUAUUCAAUGGCAAGGAUUUAGCGGCAACGGAUACACUAGGGGAACCACCAUCCUUGGUGCCAUAAAAUCUACUGUUGAUCCAAGCACAGAAGUUGUGUUCCAAGAGAACCCUGAUAGCAAGUUCAUUAAGGAUAAUAAUUUUGCUUAUGCCAUCAUUGUUGUGGGUGAGGCUCCUUAUGCCGAGACUGCAGGAGACAGCAUGGACCUCACAAUGAUAGAUCCAGGUCCCAGUGUCAUCAGCAAUGUUUGCGAGACAGUCAAGUGUGUUGUUGUUGUCAUUUCUGGCAGACCUAUUGUGAUUGAGCCAUACCUCUCCUCGAUUGAUGCCUUAGUGGCAGCAUGGUUACCUGGCACGGAAGGGCAAGGCGUCGCUGAUGCCCUUUUUGGAGACUAUGGAUUCACCGGAAAACUUCCAAGAACAUGGUUCAAAAAUGUGGACCAACUACCAAUGAAUGUCGGGGAUCCCCAUUAUGAUCCACUCUUCCCCUUUGACUUUGGUCUGAAGACCAAGUCGGCUCCAGACAUUGUGCGAAGGUCAACCUCAGCUGGAAUUAUUGGGAGGCCAUAUGCACUCUUUCUCAUGGUUUCUGUAAUUUUCAGUUUAUGUUUCAUAGGUUAAACCCAACUUAGUGAGCGAGCUCUGGGCAGAGGAAGGAGGCUUCAAAGGUAACGAACAUGAUUUGUUUGACGUUAAAUGCUCUGCUAGCAUAGAGGGAUCUUAUUGACUUGUAGCAGCCUUUCCAAUUCUUGUUCCAGAAUUUCUACUUUUUUUUUUUUAAUGUAAAGAAGAACAUUGAAACCUUGAUUAAUUAUUCGGAAAUCUGCCGAAGUGCUUUCUAUUC